GAGGAGGAGGAGCUGAAGGCGGCGGCCUCGGCUCCCGCCCGCACGGAGAGCCAGUCCCGCGAAACCCCCUCCCACUCCCAGGCGGGCGGGCGGCGGCGGCAGGAGGAGGAGAAGGAGGAGGGAGCGUCUCUGCCGCCGCCUCCUGGUCCCCAGCGCUGAUCUGCCGCCGCCACCUCCCUCCGCGGCGAUCUUCCCUCCAUGGUCCUGCCGCGGCCCCCCCUGUAGCCCGAGCUGCCCCGCGCCGCGCCGGAGCCUGCCUCGACCGAGGGAGCGGUCGCGGCCUCGCGGCCCGCGCGGGCUGACGAGAGGAGAGCGAGGCGCCGCGCGGUCCCCGAGGAUCCGCACGCCGGGCAGCGCGGCCCGAGCAGCGCGAGGAGCAGCGGGCGGGCGGGCGGCGCCGGGCCCGGGCCGCCCUCGCUCCAGCGCCCCGGCCCCGCCGCCCGCGCCGGGGCGGUCGCCCGCAGAGGAAGGCGCCGCAGUCUCCGGGCCUCGCCGCCCCGCUCGAGUGUCCUCGGCACCGAGGGCUCGCGGGUCCUGAGGGGAGGAGGCGAGCCAGGGGCCGGGCACUGAGCUCUUUGGCGCCCCCACCCCCGUUUUCGGAGCCCUCCACGCUGCGGCCACUGUCCCCUCCGGACCAUGGCCGACGACGACGUGCUGUUCGAGGAUGUGUACGAGCUGUGCGAGGUGAUCGGCAAGGGUCCCUUCAGUGUUGUACGACGAUGCAUCAACAGAGAAACUGGGCAACAAUUUGCUGUAAAAAUUGUUGAUGUAGCCAAGUUCACAUCAAGUCCAGGGUUAAGUACAGAAGGUAAGAGAUGGAUUUCAAAUCUAAAGCGGGAAGCCAGUAUCUGUCAUAUGCUGAAACAUCCCCACAUUGUAGAGUUAUUGGAGACAUAUAGCUCAGAUGGAAUGCUUUACAUGGUUUUUGAAUUUAUGGAUGGAGCGGAUCUGUGUUUUGAAAUCGUAAAACGAGCUGACGCUGGUUUUGUAUACAGUGAAGCUGUGGCCAGUCAUUACAUGAGACAGAUACUGGAAGCUCUACGCUAUUGUCAUGAUAACAACAUAAUUCACAGGGAUGUGAAGCCCCACUGUGUUCUCCUUGCCUCAAAGGAAAACUCGGCACCUGUUAAACUUGGGGGCUUUGGGGUAGCUAUUCAAUUAGGGGAGUCUGGACUUGUAGCUGGAGGACGCGUCGGAACACCUCAUUUUAUGGCCCCAGAAGUUGUCAAAAGAGAGCCUUAUGGAAAACCUGUAGAUGUCUGGGGUUGUGGCGUGAUCCUUUUUAUCCUGCUAAGCGGUUGUUUGCCUUUUUAUGGAACCAAGGAAAGAUUGUUUGAAGGCAUUAUUAAAGGAAAAUAUAAGAUGAAUCCAAGGCAGUGGAGCCAUAUCUCUGAAAGUGCCAAAGACCUAGUACGCCGCAUGCUGAUGCUGGAUCCUGCUGAAAGGAUCACUGUUUAUGAAGCACUGAAUCACCCAUGGCUUAAGGAGCGGGAUCGUUAUGCCUACAAGAUUCAUCUUCCAGAAACAGUAGAACAACUGAGGAAAUUUAAUGCAAGGAGGAAACUAAAGGGUGCAGUACUAGCAGCUGUGUCAAGUCACAAAUUCAACUCAUUCUAUGGGGAUCCCCCUGAAGAGUUGCCAGAUUUCUCCGAAGACCCUACCUCCUCAGGACUUCUAGCAGCAGAAAGAGCAGUCUCACAGGUGCUGGACAGCCUGGAAGAAAUUCAUGCACUUACAGACUGCAGUGAAAAGGACUUAGAUUUCCUACACAGUGUUUUCCAGGAUCAGCAUCUUCACACACUACUAGAUCUAUAUGACAAAAUUAACACAAAAUCUUCACCGCAAAUCAGGAAUCCUCCGAGUGAUGCAGUACAGAGAGCCAAAGAGGUAUUGGAAGAAAUUUCAUGUUACCCUGAGAAUAACGAUGCAAAGGAACUAAAGCGUAUUUUAACACAACCUCAUUUCAUGGCCUUACUUCAGACUCACGAUGUAGUGGCACAUGAAGUUUACAGUGAUGAAGCAUUGAGGGUUACACCUCCUCCCACUUCUCCGUAUUUAAAUGGUGAUUCUCCAGAAAGCGCAAAUGGAGACAUGGAUAUGGAGAACGUGACCAGAGUUCGCCUGGUCCAGUUCCAAAAGAACACAGAUGAACCAAUGGGAAUCACUUUAAAAAUGAAUGAGCUAAAUCACUGUAUUGUUGCAAGAAUCAUGCAUGGGGGCAUGAUUCAUAGGCAAGGUACACUUCAUGUCGGAGAUGAAAUUCGAGAAAUCAAUGGCAUCAGUGUAGCUAACCAAACAGUGGAACAGCUGCAAAAAAUGCUUCGGGAAAUGCGGGGGAGUAUCACCUUCAAGAUCGUGCCAAGUUACCGCACUCAGUCGUCGUCCUGUGAGAGAGAUUCCCCCUCCACUUCCAGACAGUCCCCAGCUAAUGGUCAUAGCAGCACUAACAAUUCUGUUUCGGACUUGCCAUCAACUACCCAACCAAAAGGACGACAGAUCUAUGUAAGAGCACAAUUUGAAUAUGAUCCAGCCAAGGAUGACCUCAUCCCCUGCAAAGAAGCUGGCAUUCGAUUCAGAGUUGGUGACAUUAUCCAGAUUAUCAGUAAGGAUGAUCACAAUUGGUGGCAGGGUAAACUGGAAAACUCCAAAAAUGGAACUGCGGGUCUCAUUCCUUCUCCAGAACUUCAGGAAUGGCGAGUUGCUUGCAUUGCCAUGGAGAAGACCAAACAGGAGCAGCAAGCCAGCUGUACUUGGUUUGGCAAGAAAAAGAAGCAGUACAAAGAUAAAUAUUUGGCAAAGCACAAUGCAGUGUUUGAUCAAUUAGAUCUUGUUACAUAUGAAGAAGUAGUAAAACUGACAGCAUUCAAAAGGAAAACACUAGUCUUAUUAGGUGCGCAUGGUGUCGGGAGAAGACACAUAAAAAACACCCUAAUCACAAAGCACCCAGACCGGUUUGCGUACCCUAUUCCACACACCACCAGACCUCCAAAGAAAGAUGAAGAAAAUGGAAAGAAUUAUUACUUUGUAUCUCAUGACCAAAUGAUGCAAGACAUCUCUAAUAACGAGUACCUGGAGUAUGGCAGCCACGAGGAUGCAAUGUACGGGACGAAACUGGAGACCAUCCGGAAGAUCCAUGAGCAAGGGCUGAUCGCAAUACUGGACGUGGAGCCUCAGGCACUGAAGGUCCUGAGAACUGCAGAGUUUGCUCCUUUUGUUGUUUUUAUUGCCGCACCAACUAUCACUCCAGGUUUGAAUGAGGAUGAAUCUCUUCAGCGUCUGCAGAAGGAGUCUGACAUCUUACAGAGAACAUAUGCACACUACUUCGAUCUCACAAUUAUCAACAAUGAAAUCGAUGAGACAAUCAGACAUCUGGAGGAAGCCGUGGAGCUCGUGUGCACAGCCCCGCAGUGGGUCCCAGUCUCCUGGGUCUAUUAGGCCUCUCCCCAGAUAUCUGCCGCAUAACUGGGAGCCACCUCAUACAUGGAAAAGCCUCUGUUAUCGGCCUUGUGUCAGCAGGUCGUGGUCCCUAGAGACUACCUAGUUGUAGUGUGACCUACAUUUAUAUUAUUGUCAUGUCCGAAUAGAUAGGAGGAGAAAAACAAUUACACACUAAUUUAAAGAGACAGUAUCUUUUUUAAUCAGUUCUCCUAAACUUUAAUAAAAUGUAUCUUUAAAUGUAUGUAUUAUUCAAUCCUUUGGAAUGUUAUAUUUUUGGAAAUCAUAGCUUUUUAUUUCCAAGGCCCCUAAAAACUGCACAAAAUAGAUGCUGCUUUCUAUAAUCUAUUUUAAUAAUAAUAAACAAUGAUUCUGUUACCUUGACUGGGGUUGGAACACUACAUUCUUUUUAGAGUCUGAUUUUAUGGAUUGGAAUAUCUUUCUUUCCUUUAUUUAUUUGAAAUAAUCAGUCUAGUGAUUACAAAACUCAUAAAUUUUUAAAGGCCUUUUUUUUCCUCUUUUUUUUUUUUUAGAACAGUAUUUUUUUUAAGUCCUUUAUGUAACAUCCAGAUAAUGUGAUACUGUCUCUUUGAAGCACCCUGUAAACCUUUUAGAGAUUUGAAGUUGGGUCUUGACUCUUAAUGCAUGUGGACAGUCGCGAGCGUUUAUGCUAUCGGUGUGUCUGUGUUGGACAAAACAAUCUGUAAUCUACAGCAAAGUACAUUCCGUUCACGGGGCACACCCAGGGGAAUAAGAAUAAAAUGCUAUUAUGACUAAGUUGUAAACCUAUGCACAUCCCUUGCAUUUCGGGCAACUUUAUAAAAAACAAACAAAAAGAAACUGAUUUUUAUUAAUAAUAAUCAAUCAUGUAGUGAAAUGUGUUUGUAAUUUUGUCUCAAUUUAAUUUGUUGUAAGGUGGGAGGGGGAAUUGCUGGUUUCACCAUUUCAGAUCUGUGUUGUCUGAGAGUAUUAACGUUUUAAUUAAGCAAAGAAAUGAGGAUUUUUAAUAUGUAUGUAAUUGUUUUAAAGCACCCAUUUUAAGAGAAUAUACUGUGCAAUGAAGAAACCAGUUUAGGCAUUUGCUAUAAACUGAAUUAUUCCAAAAGAAUAAUCUAUAACAGCCCUGUAAAUUCCUUUAAAAUGAUAACUAACAGGACAGUUUGACCAAUUUUUUUUAAAAUAUACUUCCUUUUAUGUGUUCAAUAAUUAAAUGACUUUGGGUCCUUCAUUUCAUUAUAGAUUUGUUCAGGUUUACAAGGUGAUGAUCUUUUAGAUUUUAUAAUCCAUUAGAUGCUCACUGAAACAUCAAAGGCCCAGGAAUGACGACUAUCAGUUAGCAGGACAACAAAAUACUCUGCACCCAAGGGCCACUAAUGUGCACCUGUGCUUUCUCCUUCCUCUUGCUAUAUCCCUUGGCACAGGAGAAUCAUGUCCUUGUUGCUUUAGAGACAUUAACCAUCUCAUCACCCUUCCGCGAGGUCACAUUCUUCCAAUACAGGAGAUUCAGGCUGGGGGGGGGGGUGGGUCUUCUGACUCUUUGCCAGAGGUCAGUGGAAGGUUUUUCAUUAGAGUGUCUGUCAGGGUGUGAAGUGGUUCUAUUAACCUGAGAUCCUUGAAAAAAUACCAUCGAGUUUGCUUCUUUUCAGUUAGAUGGCCUCAUUGCUUUGUGCCCUGGCAGGAUGUGCAGGAUGUGUUCUGAGCGGAACAGCUCCUCUGUGAAGGACCACACCGAGAAGGCAUUUGGAUACUCUUUUCAGGGUGUCACCCUCCCCUCCCACCUACUCUUAUUAAACAAUGCUGAUUUUUC